AGCAGCACUACCUGUCAGUACUCGGAGUAGCAAAUUAUCAAUCUUUGCAUGGACAAAGCUAUGGCGUUCAUCCCGCCGCGAGACCUCGUCGUCGUCCUCCCCUUCCUCGCGCUUCUCCUCCCCUUGUACAUCUACCUGAGGUACUCGAGGAGUGCAAAGGCUAACCCGUCGCUUCCCACCGAGUGGCCGUUGGUCGGCAUGCUCCCUUCCCUCGUUGCCAACAUCCACAACCUGUUCGACUACGCCACCGCGCUCCUCGCCGCCUCCGGCAACAGCUUCGAGGCCCGCGGCCCGCCGAUGUCCAGCCUCCGGUUCUUCGUGACGUGCGACCCGGACAACGUGCGCCACAUCUUCAUCAACAACUUCGCCAACUACCCCAAGGGCGAGGAGUUCGCCUCCUUCUUCGACGUCAUGGGCGACAGCUUCUUCAACGCCGACGGCGAGUCGUGGCGCCGCCAGCGCGCCAGGGUGCAGCACGUCAUGAGCAACCCGCGGCUGCUCGCGUCCAUGGCCGCGUGCUGCCGCGGCAAGGUGGAGAAGGGCCUGCUGCCCAUCCUGGACCGCAUGGCGAGCGCCGGCGCGCCGUUCGACCUGCAGCGCCUGCUCACCAGGUUCGCGUUCGACGUGACGGCCAUGGCGGUCUUUGGGGUGGACACGUGCCGCCUGUCCAUCGACAUGCCGCCGCUCGACGUCGCGAACGCCAUGGACGCCGUCAUGGAGGUCGGCUUCUUCCGGCACACCGUGCCGGUCUCUUGCUGGAAGCUGAUGAGGAGUCUAAGAAUCGGCCCGGAGAGGAAGCUCACAGCUGCACAGCGGUUGCUACGCCGGUUCGUCGCGGAGAUGAUCGAGAAAAGACGAGUAGCCGGCGGCGCCUGCAAGGCCACCGACGACGAGCAAGGAGGUGUACCGCCGCCGGCGGACAUCGUGUCCUCCUACAUCAACGACCCGGAGUACGUCGACGAGGACGGGAACCCCAGGGAGUUCAUGUACGCGACCUUCAUCAACUACAUGGUCGCCGGGCGCGACACGGUCGGCACUGCGCUGUCGUGGCUCUUCUUCAACCUCACCGAGCACCCGCGCGUCGUGGCGAGAAUCAGGGAGGAGCUGGAGCCGAUCGCGUCGAGCAAAGCCGGCGGCGGCGGCAUGGUGGUGUUCGACCCCGAGGAGACGAAGCCCCUGGUGUACCUGCAGGCGGCGCUGUUCGAGUCGAUGCGGCUGUACCCGCCGGGGCCGAUCGAGCGGAAGGCGACGCUGGCGGAAGACGUGCUCCCGAGUGGGCACACGGUGCGCGCGGGGGACAACAUCCUGAUACCGGUGUACUCCAUGGGCAGGAUGGCGAGCGUGUGGGGGAAGGACAGCGGCGAGUACAGGCCGGAGCGGUGGGUGACGGAGGACGGCAAACUGCGGCACGUGCCGGCGCACAGGUUCAUGCCGUUCAACGCCGGGCCGAGGCUGUGCCUCGGGAAGGACAUCUCGGUGCUGCAGAUGAAGAGCGUCGCCGCCGCCGUGGCCUGGAACUUCGACCUCGAGGUGGUGGCCGGCCACGCCGUGGAGCCCAAGGUGUCGAUCGUGAUGCAGAUCAAGAACGGCCUCAUGGUGAAGGUGAAGAAGCGGUAGAUCGACCGUGUGCCAAUUAACCCAUCGGUGAAAACAUAUCGUACGUGUUUGUACACGGGCAUGUACGGUUUUCACUAUGCAUGGCCUACGUAUCUCUAUCACCGUGUUGUAAAAUGUAAACGGUCUGUUCGAUUUCACCAGGCGAGACCCUCUCUGUACGCUAGUUCUCACGUGUGUUCCAUAAAAACGUUAGAGUUGAA